AUGCCGGUGGAUACCAAAUUAUACGAUAUCUUAGGCGUUACUCCAACCGCUUCUGACAGCGAAUUAAAGAAGGCCUAUCGAAAAUUAGCCAAGGAAUACCAUCCGGACAAGAACCCUGAUGCUGGGGACAAGUUUAAAGAAAUCAGCUUUGCCUACGAAAUAUUAUCAAAUAAAGAUAAGCGUAAUAUAUAUGACCGCUAUGGUCAGAAAGGUUUGCAAGAAGGCGGCCGAGAUGGAGGAUCAUUUGGAGAAGAUAUUUUCUCUCAUAUAUUUGGUGGAGGUCUUUUUGGAGGCGGUGGAAGACGUCGUGCACGAAGAGGAGAAGAUACUGUGCAUCCGUUGAGAGUUACUUUGGAAGAUCUAUAUAAUGGAAAAGAUACCAAACUUCAAAUGACAAAAAAUGUCAUCUGUAGCCAAUGUGACGGUAAUGGUGGAAAAUCUGGAAAAGUGCAGACUUGUAGCGACUGUAAUGGGAGAGGAGUCAAAGUUACUCUGCGUCAGUUAGGCCCAGGACUUGUACAACAGUUACAAACUACAUGCCCAGAAUGUCAUGGGGAAGGGGAAACAAUCAAAGAAAAAGAUAGGUGCCCUAAGUGUAAGGGCAAAAAAGUUAUUAAGGAAACGAAAAUACUUGAGGUACAUAUCGAUAGAGGCAUGAGGCACGAACAAAAAAUUACGUUUCAUGGUGAAGGUGAUCAAACUCCUGGUUUAGAGCCUGGAGAUGUAAUUAUUAUUUUACAACAAAAAGAACAUGAAAUCUUUCAACGUCAUGGUAAUGAUCUACUGAUGGAACAUAAGAUCAAAUUAUGUGAAGCUCUUUGCGGCUUCCAAUUGGUAAUUAAGCAUCUUGAUGGGCGCCAGUUACUGAUUAGCCAUAAUAAAGGUCAAGUCAUUGAACCAGGUUGUGUAAGAGGUGUAGUAAACGAAGGGAUGCCACAUCCUAAAAGAGCCUUCGAUAGGGGUAACUUGUAUAUUAAAUUUACUCUCGAAUUUCCCAAAGAUAAUGAAAUCUCGGCAAAGAAUCUUAAGACGUUGGAAAGUUUAUUGCCUCCUCGUUCUAAAUUGCCAAAGCUUAGUGAUGAACAUGAAGAGGUGGAUCUUAUUGAUAUAGAUCCAGAGUCUAAUUCCGGUUAUUAUGGUCAUGAAGAUAGUGACGAUGAACAUGAACGGGGAGGCCCCGGUGUACAAUGUGCUACGAACUGA